AUGCAUGUUGCAUCAGCCAAGUUUGGUGGGAACGCCCUGCCUAACCAGGUGUUCCGGCUGAACUGGUGCUGGAUCUCUGUGGAGAAGGACCAGUACACCGUGGACGAGAACACCAAGUACCUGGUGGUCAACCUCAACAGGAGAGGAUACCUGGGGGAGACAGCCUUCGUCACCAUCAACACAGAAGAUGGCACAGCUGAGAAAGGCGAGGACUUCACCAGUCGUGCGAACAGGCAGGUCCAGUUCAACCCGGGACAGACCAGCGGCAAGCUGAAGAUCCGCAUCAUGAAGGACGACACGUUCGAGCGGUCGGAAACCUUCACCAUCGUGCUGUCAGAGCCCUUCAUGGGGGUCCUGGAGUACCCGGACAGAGCCGUGGUGGAGAUCACGGAUGGGUCGGAUGAGUCCACAGUGUACAUCCCAGAUGAGAAGUAUGUUGUGGAGGAAGAUAUUGGAGAGCUGCUCAUCCCAAUCAAGAGAAAGGGAGACAUCAGCAAGGAACUGAUGGUGGUGUGCUCUACAAAACCAGACACAGCUACAGGCACCACCCCCACCACGGUCCUGUCCUACUCUGACUACAUCAGUCGUCCCGAGGACCACAACUCCGUCAUCAGGUUCGACCAGGGCGAGGACGAGAAGCCGUGUCGUAUCGUCAUCAUCGACGAUUCGCUGUACGAGGAGCAGGAAACCUUCCAGGUGGUUCUGAGCAUGCCCAUGGGUGGUCGGAUUGGGGAGGAGUUUAGUGCAACUGAGGUCGUGAUCGCUCCUGAUGAUGAUGACGAACCUGUGUUCUACUUCAGUGAGGAGGAGUACCGUGUGGAUGAGAGUGAUGGGUAUGUGGAGGUGCAGGUGUGGAGGACGGGUACUGACCUCACCAAGACAGCCUCCGUCACUGUCCGCUCACGCAAGACCAGCCAGCAGUCCGCUGAAUCUGGCCAGGACUAUGUGGGUAUCAGUAAGAACCUGGACUUCCCUCCCGGAGUGACGAUGCAGACUGUACGCAUCACCAUCCUGGACGACCUGGGACAGCCGGUGCUGGAGGGACCAGAGACCUUUGACCUGGUGCUGAGGAUGCCCAUGAACGCUGCGCUGGGAGAGCCCAGCAGGACGACUGUGGUCAUCAACGACUCCGUGUCAGACUUGCCGAUGAUGUCCUUUGCGCAGCCUGUGUAUGAUGCAGAGGAGAGUGAUGGGCAGGUGACGGUGAUGGUGGUGAGGACCGGCGACGUGAGCCACGCCUCCACUGUCAGGUGUUACACACGGCAGCACACCGCUCAGGUCAUGAUGGACUACGACGAGAGACCUAACACUGACGACUCCAUCAUCACGUUCGAGGCUGGAGAGAAGGAGAAGCCGUGUGUGGUUGUCCUGGUGAAUGACACAGACUAUGAGGAGGAGGAACAGUUCCGCCUGGUGCUGGGCUCUCCCUCCAGCGACUCUGCCCUCGCUGCCUCCAUCGGAGCUCAGAAUGAAACCCUCAUCAAGGUCCACGAUGAAGAAGACAAACCAAUCAUCAAGCUGGGACAGGUGAAGUUCACGGUUAACGAACCCAAGUUCGAUGAUGAAUAUGCCAUCGUGGAGAUCCCAGUCAUCCGGACAGGAGACACAUCCAAAACCUCCAUCGUCCGAGUUCACACCAAGGACGGGUCUGCCAAGUCUGGUCUGGACUACCUGCCGCUGUCUAUGGAGGUGAAGUUUGGGAAGAACGUGACAAAGAGGAUAGUUGAGGUUGAAGUCCUGUAUGACGGGGAGCGUGAGAUGAGGGAAUCCUUCACUGUCCUGCUGAAGAACGACAGGAACAUGAUCGCGGAGACGCGGGACAAGAAGGCCAUCAUCUACAUCGAGGAGAUGAACAGGAUGGCGGACGUGACCUUCCCGCUGCCUCCGCAGGUCGUGUCGCUCAUGGACUAUGACGACAUGGUCGACGCUCGCGACAAACCGCCCGCGGGCUACCCUGUUGUUUGUGUCACUGCCUGCAAUCCCAAGUUUACGGAUUACGACAAGACCGGUUCCCUCUGCACCACAGAGAACAUCAACGAAACCCUGACCAGGUACCGUUGGCGGGUGUCGGCUCCGAGCGGCCAGGACGGCGUGACCAAUCGGCUGCGAGACGUGGAGUCCACGACGUACUUCACCAGCACACGGGAGAUCACGCUGGACAGCAUCUACUUUGGACCCAACAGUCGUGUGCAGUGUGUGGCCAGAGCAGUCAACAGUGAUGGGGAUCCUGGUCUGGAGUCCACGAGUGAGCCUGUGACCAUCAGCAGUACAGAAGGUCUGUGUCAGCAGAGGGUGGCUGGUACCAUCGGGGCUGAUCCUUUCACUGCCAAGAUGAGAUACACAGGAGCGGAGGACCCUGACCACCCUAACCUGAUCCGUCUGUCCGUCACCAUGCCCCACAUCGACGGCAUGCUGCCGGUCAUCUCCACUCAGGAGCUGGCCAACUUCGAGAUCACCCUGAGUCAGGACGGCACACGCAUCGGCCUGCACAAGUGCUCCAACCUGCUGGACUAUGACGAGGUGGACACCAGAUAUGGUUUCAUCACUGACGAGACAAAGAACCCGAACAUCGUUGGUGAGACUCAGCCUUACCAGUACAGCUCAGACCUGCGCGGGGAGAAGGCCCUGAGGUUCUACCGUAACCUGGACCUGGAGUCCUGUCUGUGGGAGUUUGUCUCGUACUAUGACAUGUCUGAGCUACUGACGGAGUGUGGGGGGCAGAUUGGGACGGAUGGACAGGUGCUGAACCUGGUACAGUCAUACGUGACCCUCCGCGUGCCCCUGUAUGUGUCCUACAUCUUCCACUCCCCAGCGGCCGUUGGCGGCUGGCAGCACUUCGACUUGCAGUCCCAGCUCAGGCUCACCUUCGUGUACGACACCGCCAUCUUGUGGCAGGACGGCAUUAGUGCACCUCCAGAGGCACAACUACAAGGUUACCUGUACCCAACUGGCAUGCGGAUCAACGGGGACGGGCGUCUGGUGGUCAACUUCAGGACGGAGGCCAGGUUCAGGGGACAGUUUGUUCUGGAUCAUCCAGGAUCACAGCUGACCUCUAUGGUGAUGUCUGGAGAGAAUGACCGUUUGACCUUCACCCUGGAAAAUAUCCGCAGCCAGACGACCUUCAACCAACCCGACCAGGAGUGGGAGUUCAUCUCCGACUAUGCUGUAAGAGACUACUCGGGGACGUACCAGAUCAAACUGGUUCCCUGCACCACCACAACUGACCAGACCUACAGUCUACCGAUCGUCUGCACACCGCGGGAGCCCGUCACCUUCGACAUGGACGUACGGUUCCAGCAGGUGUCGGAUCCUGUUGCCACAGAGUUCAGUCUGAACACACAGUUCCACCUGCUGGCUAAGCGCUCCCUCUGGCUGUCUGAUGGGUCCAUGGGAUUCGGGGAGGGCAGUGACACUGCCUUCGCUGCAGGUGACACCAUGUUUGGCCGUAUCAUGGUGGACCCGGUGCAGAACCUGGGCGACUCCUUCUUCCUGACCAUCGAGAAGGUUUACCUGUGUACGGGGAUUGAGGGGUACGUGCCCAAGUACAGCCCGGACGAGGGGGAGUACGGAUGUGUGGCCGAGUCACCCAAGCUGCUGCACACCAUGAAAGUCUUGGAUAAGGGAGCCCCGAACACAGUGGUUGAAGAGUGGAGCAGUGUUCCUUUCAAUGCUGUUCUGGCGAUUGACGACCCCUCGGCUGCCACGCUGACAAACCAGGCUGGGUCUGACGGAUUCAGGAUGGAUGCUACACCACUGUUCCAGGUGUCCAGUGGUAGAACGUGGUUCAUCCAUGCCAUCUACACGGUCCGCUCGGAGGAGAAUCGUAACCGAGGGCUGAGGAAGCGAAGUAUCACCUUCCACAGCAUCACGGCGGCCAACGAGGAUUCUUCUGAAAUACUACUUCCUCGUUAUCGCCGUUCAGGCACUCUGCCGCCGGAGGAGGUGGAACAGAUUGGGAAGAACGGGAUGGGCACCAACCUGCACCGCGUGAUGCUGAACUUCACCGCCACGGGACGGUACAACGAACCCGACGACCAGAUCGACAUCGGGCCCGGAGACGGGAACUACGACAUGGCGCCCAACGAAAAAGAAAACAUGAUUCCUUACAUUCCAAUAGCGGCUGUAAUAUGCGCCGUAGCUCUGCUCGCUUGCUGUAUAUUUGCAGUGUGUGCGUUCCGCAGGAGGAAAAAGCGCACGGAAACCAAGACUGUCACAACCGUUUAUAACACGCCUAGCCAAAGCACAGACGCCUCUGAGGUGUGAUAACAACGUAGGCAAACAUAUAGGAACAUUUCUAUCUGUAGUUGCGGCUAAUCUUAGUUUGCGUAGCAUUCUCGGCUGUAUCAUUUUGUAAAGGACAACGAUUUUAAACCGCUUUUAUUGUACAUUACUAGGCCAGUGGAUAAUAGCACGCUUGAAUUUUUUGUUUGAAUAUUUUAUUCCAGUUCUUUUGUUGACAUUAUGCAAGCUUUUAAUACUUCCAGCCAAACUAAACAUAUCUAGAAGAACAAAUCAUGCAAAUAACUGACAGUGCCACAAUGCUACUUGCUGGCACACCGCCACACAGUAACAAUAUGUUUUGUUGUCAGAUGCUGGUAUCUUUACCUGAACUUAAUCUUUUAUGUUUUGUUGCUUUUUUAUAGUUACCAAAAGUUAGGUCUCGAAUUUUCAGAACACUACAAAGGAAAUCUGU